CUGCGUCUCCACUCUGGAUCUGAACGGUCUGAGGGACUCUGUGCUGCUGUGUCUUAUGGUUUGAGGACAUUUAUUCUAGAGUAAUGGCGAAAGUGGGAGUUUGGUGCAUCCUUUUCUUCUCGGCUCUCUAUUCAAGUGCAGCCGCGCCGGAACAACGGCGAGCUGCGGAGGAACUAAGCCCUUCAGAGGAGGACAACCAGGAGAGCAUAUUAUCCCAGCUGCUGGGUGAUUAUGACAAAGUGAAAGCGCUUUCGGAAGGCGCUGACUGUGGCUGUAAAUGUGUUGUCAGAGCCGUGAGCAGGAGCGCCUGCGGCGAGACGGGGGAGCUCGGCCACUCCUACAGCGUGGAGACCCUCAGCUCGGGCCCACACUGCAAGUGCACCUGCGUGGCGCCGCCGUCCGCGCUCAACCCUUGUGAGGGCGACUUCAGGCUGAAGAAGCUUCGGGAAGCCGGCAAGGAAAACAUCAAGCUCUCCACCAUCAUCGAGCUGCUGGAGGGGUCCUUUUACGGCAUGGACCUGCUGAAGCUACACUCGGUCACCACUAAGCUCCUGGAGCGGGUGGAGAACAUCGAGAGGAUAGUGUCUCAGAAUCACACUGAUUCAAAGGCAGAGGUAGGAAGUGUGUCACCAAAACCAGAAACAACAGGAGGAGCCCUGUCUUCUACUGCAUCUCCACCACGACAGGAGAAGAGGAAGCGACUGAGUGAAAUGAGCGGCGAGGCUGCAGUUUAUCAGCACACAGAGAAUAAAUAUGAGGAGAGGUUUGUUGGAAGCCUGCUGAAGAAGAGGCUACCAGAACCAGAAGAUGCUGUUAAGGUCUUACGAGAACAAGAGCGUCAUGGGAGGGAGCAGAACCCAAAGAUGAUUGUCAGGGGGAUCACAUACUAUAAAGCUGACCCAGUGGACGAGGCGGAAACAGACAUGCCGGAAGAUGAAAGCCACAGUGGUGACAGUCCUGUAGAUCUCUUUGCAGAGGAGCAGCUUCUUCAACCCGUUGCCCCUGCCUUCAGGCCUGUAAUACGAGCAUGGUCAGUUCCAGCUAAACCCAAAACCAAAGACGAAGAAGUCGCACACAGCAAGCCAGAGUCUCAAGUGGUAGAAUCUGACUCUUCUCUGCCUGUGAAGAUGAAAACACUGGAUGAUCCAGAGCCUGGAAUGGCAAAAACCUCCCAGUCUACCAUGGGGAAUUCUACUGAGCUGAGAGCCUUAAGAACCCCAACUACUACAGAGAAAUUCAAAGAUGUCAGGCCCACGGCACUGACCACACCUCAGAACCUCUCCGGAACCGAGGAAGGAAGAGAGCAGAAGCAUGUUGUCCCACAAGCUCGGAACAUCCUGGCCAAGCCAUCCACUUUGAGUCAUGUAAAGACGAAGGAGUCAACUUCAAUUGUCCCUGAAAUGACCACAAAUACGGGACAGACUGCAGCCACUGUCGUCAGUCAGCGAAACCACAAGACGAGUACACCCACCUCCGGAGAGAACUUCAUCCAGGACCUCGCCAGAGAACCAGAAAUCAUACUAACAAGGACAACACGGUCACCAACCACUCAGACACAAGCUAUUACCCCGCCAGCAACGUCUCCCACCACAAUCACAGAUGCCGCUGCUGGCUCAACAGCUACGACCACAAACUCUGAGUUGGUCACUGCUGGCACAACAGCUAGUACCUCAAAUCUUCAGACUUUAACAGCUACUGUUAUGACUACACCACGUGUAACUGGGAGUAAACCUUAUUCCACCACAGCAGCACCCAUAGCAACUCGCAGGCCAAUCACUACUUCAGCAGCACCCAUAGCAACUCGCAGGCCAACCACUACUUCAGCAGCACCCUUGAUGACCACUACCACCACUAUGACUGCUACCACCAGCACACCUGCCAAACGCAAGUACAGCAUCAGCUGGGAUGAAGAAGAGGAAGUGGAGGAAGUGACCGAAGUGGAGCCAAAGAUCGUUAAAACUGCGGUGAAGGAGAUCUUAAAGGAGAAACCAAAAAGGCGGCCAGGAGAUUGCAAAGACACACUGGCCACGAUCUCAGAACCCGUCACGCACAACACGUACGGCCGUAAUGAAGGAGCCUGGAUGAAAGACCCACUGGCUCGCGACAACAAGAUCUACAUCACUAAUUAUUACUAUGGCAACCACCUGCUGGAGUUCCAGAACAUGGAUGUCUUCAAACAAGGACGCUUCACCAACUCCUAUAAGCUGCCCUACAGCUGGAUCGGCACCGGCCACGUGGUCUACAAUGGCGCUUUUUUCUACAACCGUGCCUUCUCCCGUGACAUCAUCAAGUAUGACCUGCGGAUGCGCUACGUGGCGGCCUGGACCAUGCUGCACGACGCCGUGCUGGAGAACGACGAGGUGGCGUCCUGGCGAUGGAAGGGUCACUCUGAAAUGGACCUUGCAGUCGACGAGAGCGGGCUGUGGGUGAUCUACCCGGCGCUGGACGACGAGGGCUUCCUGCAGGAGGUGAUCGUCCUGAGUCGCCUCAACCCGAUCGACCUGAGCACGCAGCGCGAGACCACUUGGAGGACCGGACUCCGCCGCAACCGAUACGGCAACUGCUUCAUCGUCUGUGGAGUCCUGUAUGCUACGGACAACUACAAUCAGCAGGACAACAACCUGAGCUACGCCUUUGACACACACACCAACACGCAGAUGAUCCCUCGGCUGCCCUUCAACAACAACUACACCUACAUCACUCAGAUUGACUACAACCCCAAAGAGAGGGUGCUGUACGCCUGGGACAACGGCCACCAGGUCACGUAUAAUGUCCAAUUUGCAUAUGUAGACCCUCUUUAGACAGUUUAGACAUGGGUCACAGAGGGUCACUGUAUAGAACCGAUGUGUUUGGGGGGGGACUAAGCACAUCAAGCGUAAUGUGGAUUGUAGAGCAGUCUACUUAGCAUUUUUCAUGACAUAUUAACACUCAUAUAGCUGAAUGCGCUUUACUGAUGUUUUUACCUGUUAUUGGAAGUUGUGGGUGAUGUUUUCAUGGUAUUAACAUCACCUCAGUGCUUAGAAUUCGGCUCAACAUUUGUUAGGAAAUGGGAAAUUAGUUUGUUCAGUGUUAGGAGGAACAUUUCAACCAGAUGUUUUUUUUU